AUGAGUGUCGACGCGUAUGGCCCCAGUUCACAAACGCUUACAUUCUUAGACACCGAAGAAGCAGAUCUAAUCGGUGCUGACACUCAAGGAUCAGAAUUUGAAUUCACCGAUUUCACUCUUCCAUCUCAGAGUCAAACACAAGCGUCUCAACACGAUCAUGGAUUAACAACAUCCAACCAAGUAAAUGGCUUGGGACGGGCGGAACUUAAUUCAAAAGUAUCAAGUGUUGCUAAUGCCAUUGCUGAGUUACAAUUUGAAGAAGAAGAUGAGGCAUUAUACAGUAGCAAAGAUCUACCUGAACACGCAUGCAAAUAUUGUGGAAUUCAUGAUCCUGCCACGGUUGUUAUGUGCAAUAUAUGUAAUAAAUGGUUUUGUAAUGGGCGUGGUAACACUUCUGGGUCCCACAUUAUCAAUCAUCUGGUUAGAGCUAAACACAAAGAAGCAGCCCUACAUAGAGAUGGACCCUUAGGAGAGACCCUACUGGAAUGUUAUUCUUGUGGUGCUAGAAAUGUAUUUGUGUUGGGUUUUAUACCAGCUAAGGCAGAUUCUGUUGUUGUUUUGCUUUGUCGGCAACCAUGUGCAGCUCAAAGUUCUCUUAAAGACAUGAAUUGGGAUCAAGAGCAAUGGAAACCAUUGAUUUCUGAUCGUGCGUUUUUAUCAUGGCUUGUGAAAGUACCAUCGGAAGCUGAGCAAAUGAGGGCUCGACAAGUAACACCACAACAAAUUGGUCGCCUAGAAGAGCUAUGGCGUGAUAAUGUAGAUGCCACUUUCCAAGAUCUUGAAAAACCUGGAGUAGAUGAAGAACCGCAUCAAGUGUUGUUGAGAUAUGAAGAUGGAUAUCAAUAUCAAAACAUAUUUGGUCCACUUGUAAAGCUAGAAGCAGACUAUGAUAAGAGGCUGAAAGAGUCUCAAACUCAAGAAGGUAUUGAAGUGCGUUGGGAUGUCGGUCUAAAUAAAAAAACUAUAGCAUAUUUCACACUUGCGAAGACCGAUAGUGAUAUGAAGCUCAUGCAUGGAGAUGAAUUGAGAUUAAGAUACGUAGGUGAGCUACACAAGGCGUGGUCUGGGGUCGGUCACGUGAUCAAGGUGCCGGACAACUAUGGUGACGAUGUUGGCUUAGAACUGAAAAGCGGGACCGGAGCACCCUUAGACUGCACGUCCAAUUUUGUGGUAGACUUUAUAUGGAAAAGCACCUCCUUUGAUAGAAUGCAAUUAGCCCUGCGUAAGUUCGCGGUGGACGAUUCCUCAGUGUCGGGCUACAUCUACCGCCGGCUCCUCGGACAUGAGGUGGAAGAAGUCCUGUUUCGCGUACACUUGCCGAAGCAUUUUAGUGCUCCCAAUUUGCCUGAUUUGAACAGAUCUCAGGUGUAUGCAGUUAAACAUGCAUUACAGCGUCCUCUGUCGCUUAUCCAAGGUCCGCCAGGAACAGGCAAAACUGUUACUUCAGCAACUAUUGUAUACCAGCUUGUACGUCAAAAUGGCGGACCAGUGCUCGUAUGCGCACCUUCAAACACUGCCGUCGACCAACUUACAGAGAAAAUACAUAGAACUGGACUUAAAGUAGUGCGUCUGUGCGCUAAAUCUAGGGAAGCAAUGGAAUCUUCAGUCUCAUUCUUGGCCCUACACGAACAAGCCCGAGCGUUAGGUUCGGCUGACAGUGAGUUGAGGAAGUUAACCAGAUUGAAGGAAGAAGCUGGAGAACUUUCAGCGGCAGAUGAAAGGAGAUACCGUGCGCUACGAAGAGCUGCGGAGAGACGGCUGUUGGAUGCGGCAGACGUAGUGUGCACCACGUGCGUGGGCGCGGGCGACCCCAGAGUGGCGAGGAUGAGAUUCCAAUCCAUACUAAUUGAUGAAGGCAUGCAGUCUACUGAACCGGAGUGUAUGGUCCCUGUGGUACUCGGUGCCAGACAGCUGAUUCUUGUGGGAGAUCAUUGCCAAUUAGGCCCGGUCGUGAUGUGCAAGAAAGCUGCCAAAGCUGGACUCAGCCAGAGUCUCUUCGAGAGACUCGUCGUUCUCGGGAUUCGUCCGUUCCGUUUAGAAGUACAGUACCGUAUGCACCCCGAACUGUCGCGUUUUCCAUCUGAUUUCUUUUAUGAAGGUUCUCUCCAAAAUGGAGUGAGUGCGGAAGAACGUCGCCUACACAAAAUCGAUUUUCCUUGGCCUAGACCAGAUCGCCCCAUGUUCUUUUACGUUACUCAAGGGCAAGAAGAGAUCGCCGGGUCGGGAACGUCGUACCUUAAUAGGACUGAAGCGGCCAAUGUAGAAAAGCUGACGACUCGCUUCUUAAAAGCUGGAGUACGUCCGGAACAAAUCGGCAUAAUAACACCUUACGAAGGUCAAAGGUCUUACCUAGUGCAGCAUAUGCAGUACCAGGGCAGCUUGCACGCGAAACUGUACCAAGAGAUCGAAGUAGCGAGCGUCGACGCUUUUCAAGGAAGAGAGAAAGAUAUCAUUAUAAUGUCAUGCGUCCGCUCCAACGAACAUCAGGGUAUCGGUUUCUUGAGCGAUCCGCGUCGUUUGAACGUCGCACUCACGCGCGCCAAGUACGGCCUGAUCGUCGUCGGCAACCCGAAGGUUCUCAGCAAACAGCCGCUGUGGAACCAUUUGCUCGCAUUUUACAAAGAGCGUAGAGUGCUCACAGAGGGGCCGCUGUCUAAUCUGAAAGAGUCGGCUAUUCAAUUCGCGAAACCUAAGAAAUUAGUAAACGCUCAAAAUCCCGGGUCGCACUUCAUGUCGACGUCUAUGUUCGACGCCAGAGAGGCGAUGGUCCCGGGGUCCGUCUACGACCGCGCGCGGCCGCUGCGCGACCCGCUGGCGUACGUGGGGCCCGAGCACGCCGCGCGCCUGCACGCGCCCGUGCCGCCCGCCGCCUUCGCCGCGCACCGCGCCCCGCCGCGCGCGCCGCCCGCCCAGCACCGGCACCAGAGGAGGCGCACGAGACUGUCGCAGGAACCGCUGUCGCAGCAACCGCACCUCUCGCUCUCGCAGGGAGCCUCCCAACCGGACUUCAGCCAGGAAUCUACGGUACAAGACUGUCCCUCGCAGCCCGACGGACUCCUAUCCCAGGACUCCACGUACCAAGGUGGAUUUCGCGGUCAGUAC